AUGUCGAGUGACGAGGACGAUUACCUCUCUGCCAAGUUUCUCACUGAUAUCGCACCGGAUACUAAAUCGACAGUCAAAACAUAUUCUCAGAUCCGCAAAGAUGCUGAAAAACGCUCUCAUCUCAAGCAGGAACGCAAUCGAAUCAAGAGUCGUCGUGAGCGGGAGGUCGAGGCUCGAGAGGAGGGUCUCAGCAAGUCUCUCUUCGAGCGGGCCAAAGAAGAGGAAGAGGCCGGCCUUAGCAGCAACAAGGCCCUGUCCAUGAUGAUGAAGAUGGGCUUCAAACCCGGUCAAUCGCUUGGUGCACGACAGAACGACGACGAGGACCAGCAACCCGAGGCAGGGGCAUCCAGGGUCUCUGAACGAGGCCGCUCCAGUACUCCUCUUGCCGAUUCGCCUGCCAGCGGUGAACAUGAAUCCACCCCAAACCCACAGCGGUCCAAACCCCAUCUAACAGAACCCCUACCGGUGCUCGAGUGGAAAGGAAAACAGGGUAUCGGCCUUGGCAAACGAGCUCGUUCUCCUGAUGCUGCAGAACGAUUGGCAAAGAUAGCCAAGUUGGCUGAACAGGCCGAUCAGCGUGACUUUAGGGAGCGAGCACGAGAGAACUACAACAAUCGUCGAGCGGAAGGGAGACUAGGCCCUGCACAACGGACAUGUGCUACCUUGGAUGAACAGAUGGGGAAGGAGUUCAACGUUUUGUGGCUCAACCCCGAAAACGAGAAUACAUUUCCACCCGGCCUGAUUGACGCACUGGCCUUGCAUAGUAACCUCAUCUCCUAUAUCAGACCAAGUCAAGGCAGCGGAAAUUCAUCCGCCGCGGUCACCGACACUGAGCGCGAGGGUCUGAAAAGGCAGAUGCAAGCGGACGCUCUUGUUCCUCUUCGAAACGACGAAGAUGAUGACGGGACCCAUGAUUCGAAGGCAAUGAAGUCAUUGGUAUCCUCUGUAGAUCAGUUCUCGACUGAAAUACUCGAAGAAGCAACGCAGUUCUUGCGGCUACAGGCCCAAGACAGACUCCGUCUCGUUCUUUCGUAUCUGCGCUCCAGGCACAACUACUGUUUCUGGUGCGGAAUAAAGUAUGAGAACGAAGAUGAGAUAGCGAAUCAGUGCCCAGGACCGGAAGAGGAUGAUCAUGAUUGA